GAGCUAACGGGGUCAAUCAAUCGUCAUUUUGUAGAGCGUUUUUUACUGCAUCUUUUCUUCAUAGAGACAAAUUUACAACCACUUGUUUCACUAUAGAAAAAGUUAUUAUUCAAAUCGAGUCAGGACUUCUGGCCCACCCUUUAUAUCAGAGCGGGGCUAGUCAUGAAAAAUUAUUUAUGACUUGCCUUUAGUUAAGAAAACAAAAAGUAGUGACUUAAUUUGACUUUACUUGACUGAAGAAAUUGAAAAAGAAGCAGCAGCUAUCCUUCUUAUUGUUAUCGCUUUAUUUCUAUUUCCAAUCUCGAAAAAUGGACAAUUUUCGGCUGAUUUGCUCGGAAAAAAAGACAGCUCACUUAAAUUGGUCUAAAACAAAUAACAAACCACUCGGCUUGACUUGCACGUUUUUAGACUGACAAUUUCAUGACUGCGACCUGAAGGAACUCUGAUCUGCGAUCUCCACUAUAGUUAUAAUUUCUCCCUUUUUUUUUUUAGAUCAACCACUUGAGACGACAACAACAACAAUUAAACAACAGCAUAGCGAUCCGGGUCGUACAGCGGCUUCUGCAUUUGCACAAGAUAUGACACCAGAAACAUUUAAACGUGAAUUAAGACCAAGGAAAAAAUGA